UGCAGUUUCUUUAUCUUGCAGAGAGAUGCCAAGGGUCAGUAUCUGUUUGACCUUCUCUGCCAUCACCUAAACUUACUGGAGAAAGACUACUUUGGAAUUCGGUUUGUGGACCCAGACAAGCAAAGGCAUUGGUUGGAGUUUACAAAGUCUGUUGUGAAGCAGAUGAGAGCCCAGCCUCCAUUCACCAUGUGUUUUCGUGUGAAGUUUUAUCCCACCGACCCUGCUGCUCUGAAGGAGGAAAUAACCAGGUAUUUAGUCUUCCUGCAGAUCAAAAGAGAUCUCUACCAUGGCCGCCUUCUCUGCAAGACAUCGGAUGCUGCAUUGCUAGCUGCCUAUAUCCUUCAAGCCGAGAUUGGGGACUACGACCCUGGGAAGCACCCAGAAGGCUACAGCUCCAAGUUCCAAUUUUUCCCCAAACAUUCGGAAAAGCUGGAAAGGAAAAUUGCAGAGAUUCACAAAACAGAACUGAGUGGUCAGACACCAGCUACUUCAGAGUUAAAUUUUUUAAGAAAAGCCCAGACCCUGGAGACAUACGGAGUUGACCCACACCCAUGCAAGGAUGUGUCAGGAAAUGCGGCAUUUUUGGCCUUCACUCCCUUUGGUUUUGUUGUUCUGCAGGGAAACAAGAGAAUUCACUUCAUCAAAUGGAACGAGGUAGCCAAAAUGAAAUUCGAAGGAAAGACAUUCUGUUUAUAUGUAAGUCAGAAAGAGGAAAAGAAAAUUGCUCUUACUUAUUUUGCUCCAACACCAGAAGCGUGCAAGCAUCUCUGGAAAUGUGGGAUAGAAAACCAAGCUUUUUACAAGUUGGAGAAGUCAAGCCAGGUCCGCACAGUAUCCAGCAGCAACCUGUUCUUUAAAGGAAGCCGGUUCCGAUACAGUGGCCGAGUUGCAAAAGAAGUGAUGGAAUCUAGUGCCAAGAUCAAGAGGGAGCCCCCAGAAAUUCACAGAGCAGGGUUGGUUCCUAGCCGCAGCUGCCCUUCCAUCACUCACGGGCCAAGACUCAGCAGUGUCCCCAGGACGCGAAGGCGAGCUGUUCACAUCUCCAUCAUGGAAGGCCUGGAGUCGCUGAGGGACAGCGCUCACUCGACCCCCGUGCGUUCAGCCUCUCAUGGAGAUGCUUUUAUGUCCCAUUCGCGGAGUAGCAGAGCUGAGAGCAGCGAGAGAGUGGCAGUCAUCUCCGACGAGAUCUACAGCCCUGCGGAUAGCGUGCUUCCGACGCCGGUGGCAGAACACAGCCUGGAGCUGAUGCUGCUCGCCAGGCAGAUCAAUGGCGCCCCCUGCAGUAUUGAAGAAGAAAAGGAGUCUGAAGCCAACACACCUACUGCAACUGAGGCUGAUGAGAUGGGAGGAGAGUUCAAAGCCUUGAGGCAGGGUGGUGGUGGCGAUGGCGGGACACAAGCUGCACAGGUGAAUAAGUUUGUUUUAAGUGUCCUCCGUUUGCUCCUUGUGACAGUUGGACUCCUCUUUGUUUUGCUCCUUCUCCUGAUCAUCCUUACCGAGUCUGACCUUGACAUUGCCUUUUUCCGUGAUAUUCGCCAGACCCCCGAGUUUGAACAAUUCCAUUAUCAAUACUUUUGUCCCCUCAGGCGAUGGUUUGCCUGCAAAGUCCGCUCCGUCCUGAGCCUGCUCAUUGACACCUGAAGGCAUGACUCUUCCUAAUAACUAGCCAGGUGGAUUCAGAAGAUACCUGCUACCAGUUCCCAGCCAAUGGGACCCAUCGUGGCACCAUCGGCCCAUAAACUAAGUCCUCCUUUCAUGAAUCAAAGUACACUGCGCCCUAGGAUGUUUGUUCCUGGAAGAAGAAAGGGAUAGAUUUAUGCCAGAUUAAAAACGCAUUUCUUUAGCGCUCCACUUUCCUGAAGUACUCAACCAUUCAGUUUUUAAUCCUUGAAGUUUGCAGAAUAAUUUAAGAUUUUAAUUUUCAUAGAUGUAUUACUCUGAAGGUAUCAAAUAAGAGGAAUUUAUUUUAUUACUACUGAUUAUUGCAUUAGUGUCAGCCAAUAGCGACACUAGUUCAAGACUAGAAAUAUUGCAUUAUGCAGGAGCUUUAGUAAUGGUGCUACUGAGUUGUUAUUUAAAUACUAGUGUAUUGUUUCAUUAUUAAAACUGCCUCUGUGCACAGCACUACCACCUUCACAUUAUUUUAAAGAGAUCCUCCUUUUACUAACUAGAGCGUCUUAACUGGCAAAUGGUUUAUUCAUUAGAAAGUGAUCUGGUACAAUACCAUCAACUUAGAAACGUUUUCACAAACAACAGAGUGGGCAAGAAACAGGGAAGCCAGGAGUGGCAGUGUCUGUUCCUUUAAGUAGCAUAGAAAGAUGUGAAUACCUAUCCUAGUCUACAACAUAGGCAUUUUCUGAAUAUGUUAAGCCUUGAACCUUUAGUGCACCGCAGUGGCGUUUACCAUAGAGGUGUUAAAUCCCUAAAGACAGUGGGAGUUGAGUAUAUGGGGGUAGUAGAUAAAUGUACUCCGUUAUGUUCUAUAAAGUCUGGGUGUGUAGCUAGUAAUCAGACCGGAUUGAUUUGGAAUACAUUUUGCCUCCGAAAGUUGUACUUGUUUUGUAUAAAAAAAACUGUUCAACCUAUAUUUUAAACAAAAUAGCAUUUUGUUAUUGAUACUAAUCAAGUCUUUUUUUAACUUUAUGGAUUAGAUGAACAUAGUGUGAUAUACAAAAUGAUUGGAGUAAGCCAAUUACUUUGAGAAUAAAUGUUUUGUAGAAUGGAAUUCUAAUGGCAGAUUAACCCAUUACUUGUUUUGGAAAAAAGAGCAGAUUUUUUGAAAAUUUUCAAAGGUAAAGAGCAGAAUUACAGAAGUGGAGGCAACAGUGAAAAAAACCAAGACAAAUAUGAGAUCUAUCCUUAAGGGAAAAAAGUGUAAUUAACUAAUUUCUAUUGUGACAUGAACACUUGAAUCUUUUAUUACCUGGCAAAAACAGCAGCCCAUUUGUAAGGGGAGCAAUAAUCUCUACUGUAAAGUUUCUUGUGAAGCUGGGCAUAUUUAACAAAUAGCAAGAGUUUCAUUUCAUCUCAGGGAGAGAUUUUAAGCAAGCCGAGGCCAUAGACCUAAUUGUAAAAGCUCUGAUUUACAUUUUCUGCACCUUUAACCAUCUCUGCACACAAGUUCAAGCACUGCUGGUGCGCGUACACACACACACACUCCCUUUGAAGAUGAGUUAUGAUUUUGUCCUGAACUGGUCAGUUGUGCUCUUUUGCCAAAUGUUCAGUCAUCCAUAUAGAGAAUAAUCUGAAAGUCAGUUAGAUUCAGACUAUUUGUCACUGCAAUAAAUAAGGUCCAUUUUACUAGUCUGUCAGAUCUUAAAAAAAUAUAUAUAUAUAGUUUCAUGUCACUUUUACUUUAAAAAUUAACCACGGCCAUUUGAUUAUCAGAAGAGCUGAAAAAGAUUUUGCAUUCAGUUUAAUAUUAAGUUGUGAAUGCCAACCAUGGGAGAAAAAAAAGGCUAGAUUUUUACAUGGAUAUAUACUGUUUUAUGCAACAUAGCAAAAUUAACUUUUAGUGUAGUGUUCCUACCUCAGUCUGUAGUAAAUGGUGUUUCUAUGCAGUGAGUGAUAGUCUUAAACUAAACAUUUUUCAUCCUAGGUUAAAGAUGCAGUAUUUCAUUGUUUUAAUUGCUAAUAUUACUUGUUUGUCAUAACAAUACAUUAUCAUUCAGUGACAGGUGCAGCUCCAAUAUGUUGUACUGUAAACAUUUUCAUUUUCAAAAACCACAAGGUAUGAAAUAUUAACCUUAACAAAACUUUUGCAUCAAUCUGCUUUUAGAAUAGUAAUAAAUACCACACCUUGGUUUAACCUUUUACUGUUUUCACCUGGCAUUUUAUCCUAAAACCAUUACAAUUAGUAAUUUUUUAAUCUUACAUUUUCCCCCCCUCUGUGCCAUACGUUUCAUGUUUUGCUAGCUGUUAGUUUUAUCUGUCCUUUGUAUAAAACGUCGUUUCCAUAGUUCUUAUAUCAGAGGAAGCAAAACUCUUAAUAAAGAAUAGUGUACUGCAUCUUUAAAGCAGUAGAGGGUAAAAAUACCAGAAAAUGUGAAUUUUUUAGUUUUCAUAGAAGUUAACCUUUCAUGUGCCAAAUACUGUAAGUUACUUUUUUUCCCUCCAAAAUAAUGUACCCUUUUCUACAUAUUCAAUAUGUAGUCAGCAUAAAAUCAUUGGUGCCAUGAAAAGUAUUUUUAAAUUUAAAUAAAUAUUUAAGUAUCAUGAAAA